AUGCUGAGGUUGCUCCUGGUGCUGGUGCUGGGAUCUGGACUCCCACAGGACGUCUGCGCAGGUCUCGAUCCUGCUCCCGUCCAGACCCAGGUGCUGCACCAGCUGAGCAUCAUGGGAAACCAGGUGGCCCUUCUGGUGGAGAAUCAUCAGGCUCUUCUUCUGCAGACUUCGCGAAUCGCCACAAACCUACAAGAAGUGACCCGCAAAGCCCCGCCCCCUCCACUGGACGUGUCACUCAAGAGCCGUGAUGUCCAAUAG